CGUUCUUUGCGGAGGCAAUGGUGUGACCACUUCCGGACAUGCCCCUCAGCGCCCCGGGUGACCCACGGUCCGGCUGCCUGUUUGCGGGCCGCCGGGCCGGCCUGACCUGAGGGCCAGCGUCUCCCUCAGCAGCGGGUGGAGACCCAGUUCCCAGACUCCAUCUUGUGUCUUGCCUGGAGUGCUACUGCCCAAUGGCCAUUCCCAAGAGCCCCCUGAGCACAGUGCCUGGGACACAGGAUGACUUCCUACGAGUGAAGGUGGAGGAUGAAGAGACUGACUGUCCCCGUGUCCAGGAAUUUAGCUACACUGCCCACCCUGAGUCUGCACGUCAGCGCUUCCGGCACUUCCGUUUUGAAGAGGCAUCCAGUCCACAUGAUGCACUUGCCCAGCUCUGGAAACUAUGCCGCCAGUGGUUGCAGCCAGAGAUGCACUCUAAGGAGCAGAUUCUGGAGCUUCUCGUGCUGGAGCAGUUCUUGGGGGCACUGCCCCCUGUGAUCCAGUCCUGGGUGGGGUCCCAGUGCCCCAAGAGCAGUGAGGAGGCUGUCUUGAUGGUGGAAGAUGUGACUCAGGUUCUGGAUAAGAAAGGAUGGGAACCGGAAGCUGAACUGUCAAAGGCAAACUACAAGCAGAGUGAUUCAGAAGAGUCAGAGCCUUCAGACAGGGCCACUGAAACCCUUGUGGGAGGUGUUUGCCUGGGACCUGCCUUUGGUAAUUCCUGCAAAUCUGAGGGCAGCUCAGAGAGGCAGGUGGGAGUCGCAGGGGUUAUCUGGACUAAUUCUGUUGCCCAAGAAAUAGAUCUCGGGGAAACAUCAGUAGUGCUUCACAAGGAUACCCCUCCAGAGCAACCCUGCUAUGAAUCAAGUGCCUUGGGGAACAUUCCCAAUGUGUGGACAAACUUCACCUCCCCAGACAACACUCCUCCAGAAGAGAAAUUUAAUCCAUUGGAGGGUUAUGGGACAGAACUACCAUGUCUGUAUUCUGGGAGGAAGUCCUCCAAGUGUGCCCAGUGUGGGAAAACAUUCCAAAGCCCCUUGACCCUGGAGGCACACCAGAAGAGCCAUUCCAGGAAGACACCUUAUUCUUGUAGUGAGUGUGGAAAAGCCUUCAGCCGUAGUACACACCUAGCCCAGCACCUGGUUGUGCACACAGGGGCAAAGCCCCACGAGUGUAAGGAGUGUGGCAAGGCCUUCAGCCGGGUCACCCACCUAACUCAACACCAGAGGAUCCACACUGGGGAGAAGCCCUAUAAGUGUGGGGAAUGUGGCAAAACUUUCAGCCGCAGCACUCACCUCACCCAGCAUCAGCGGGUGCACACUGGGGAGCGACCCUACGAGUGCGAGGAGUGUGGCAAGGCCUUCAGUCAGAGUACCCACCUUACUCAACACCAGCGCAUCCACACCGGGGAGAAGCCCUACAAGUGUGAUGCAUGCGGGAGAGCCUUCAGUGACUGCUCAGCACUCAUCCGACACUUGAGAACCCACUCAGGAGAGAAGCCAUAUCAGUGUAAGAUGUGUCCGAAGGCCUUUGCACAGAGUUCUUCCCUCAUUGAGCAUCAGAGAAUCCACACUGGGGAAAAGCCCUACAAAUGCAGUGACUGUGGGAAGGCCUUCAGCCGCAGCUCAGCACUCAUGGUUCACCUGAGGGUCCAUAUCACAGUCCUUCAGUAACAAGAGAUAGCCUUGGGCACCACACUGUCCCUCCUCAGAUGUCCAACAUCUAUGAAUCCUGAGUUCCACGAGUACCAAAAACAGGAUAAUAACAACAUAUAAAGAAUAAGACAGAUUUUGGGGGGUGGGAGUGAUAGCAGAGCAGUAGGGCGUUUGCCUUGCACACAGCCAACCUGACCAACCCAGGUUCAAUUCCUCUGCCCCUCUUGGAGAGCACGGCAAGCUACCGAGAGUAUCUUGCCAACACGGCGAAGCCUGGCAAGCUACCCAUGACGUAUUCGAUAUGCCAAACACAACAACAAGUCUCACAAUGGAGACAUUACUGGGCCCGCUCGAGCAAAUCAAUGAACAACAGGAGGACAGUGACAGUGACCCUGACAAUUGAUCUUUAACUGGAAAUUGCAGCCUUUAUUCCUGUCAGUGUUCUGGCCUUGACACCCGUUUUUUUUUUUUUAUAAUCCAUUCACAUGUGAAUCAUUUAGUCAUCCUCACUGUCAAUAUCUCACCCUCUUUUUCUCUGUAUUUGAGCAUUUUUCCAAGGUCAGUAAGAGAGAUCACAAAACUAACCAAGGAGAGAAGUUGUCAAGUAGAGGCGAAACACAGAUUUUGUCACACAUAAUGUAGACAAGAGGGGCUGAAAGAGAAGGUGACAAGUGCAGGGAAAACUCCACUAAGAGACAUUCUCAGUUAAGUGAUCAAACAAACCUAAGCCUAAAGCCAUACUAUAGAGUUUCAUUCUUCCCCAGGGCUGCUCUCGGGACCUCAGAUUAGUGGCUCCCCUGAACUUUGAAGAUCUGAUAAUUUUUAAGGCAGAAAAAGACUUGGUCUAUGCUACAUGUGAUCCAGGACUUGACUGACUUCUUCCUGUCUUCAUCUUUUCUCUAACCCCCACUCUCCUGAUACCUGUCACAGAAUAGUUCAUGCCUCUAUCCCCUGGUGCACUGAGCAUCUCUAGUACCUACUUUGUCACGAGAUGUGUGCCCAAGUUUAUCUAAAGGGAAAGGAAGUCAGAGAGAAUAAAGGUUUUUCUUAAUGCUGCA